AAUAAGAGUGAUAAUAUAACUACUUAGGCUCUACCCCUGUAUUUCUUCAAUUUUCAGCGGCUUAAGCGUUCUUCCUUCGUCGCGUCUUUCCAAUGAAAUAUUUUGUCGUUGCCUUGGCUUGUGCGCUGCCCACACUGGCGCGACCAACUACUGAAGAAAACGACAUUGUUGGCGGAGACCCUGCUAAGAUUGAGGAUCACCCAUGGCAGGUUAGCCUGAGAUCAGGCCGCGGCCAUUUUUGCGGUGGUUCCAUUAUCGGCCCUCGUCAUGUCGUGACUGCUUCUCACUGCAUUGGAGGUGGUAGCUUCGAGGUUGCUGUCGGCGACUCGAUGGCAUCCAAGGGCACCCCAUAUAAGAUUGUCAAGGCAGUUCAACACCCAAAAUACAGCCGAAACACGCUCGACUAUGAUCUUGCCUACAUCGAGAUGGCACAAGACUUUACUUUCAGCGCUACUGUGAAAGCCAUUCCCAUUUACAGUGGCGAGUGGAAAGCUGGAUCAACUGUUUCCAUCACAGGCUGGGGCAGAACAGGUGCCAACUCACCCUUGUCAGACCGGCUGCUGCAGGUUCGUGUCCCUGCUGUAGACCAUGCGACCUGCAAAAAGGCACACAGUAACCAUUCGGUUACCGACCGCAUGAUAUGCGCCGCUGGUGAAGGUGGCAAAGGCGCUUGUAUGGGUGACUCUGGUGGUCCACUAACCAUUGAAGGCAAGCUAGCCGGUGCAGUGUCUUGGGGUGACCCAUGCGCUAAGCAAGGUAAACCUGACGCAUUUGCCAGCCUCUUAAACAGUGAGCUUCGUGAUUGGUUGAAGAAAAAUACUGGUAUAUAA